UGAAUUUCUUCUUUUUAUUUUGUUUCAAUGAUAUUAUAACAGGAUAUGGAUGUUGAUAUAAAAUUGUGAAUCUGUAGCUGUUUCAACGAGAUGUCAACCUCCAUCCCAUCUUUAAUUUGUCGUUACCAACCCUAGUAUUCAAAAUACAAAAUCGGUGUAGUGUUUGUAGUAAAUAUAGUAGCUACAUUAUUUUACUGGUAGUAUUUGCCAUCAAGUUUAAUGUUAUUAGGUAUUUCUUUCUCGGAAAAAUAUUACAUCUCAUACCAAUUUUGAAAAUGACCAAAAGGAAAAAGGUUGCCCUUUUGACCUCUAGAUUCUAGAAAUAUAGUUUUUCUUUGAACGAGGGGGAGGCUCUUAUGGUUUCUUAAUCUAUGGAUUUGGAAUUUAUACCGUUCAAUGCAAGGGAUUGUUUACUGGAGCUGCUAAAUCAGCAACAUGGAUUCAUCUAAGCUACAGUUUUGUGAACAUAAUUUUUUGCUUGCUGAUGCAAGUAAAUGUAUGAAAUCUCAGGGCCUAGUGAGCAAUUAGUUUACAGAUAUUAUAUUUCAAUCGUAUAUGAGAAAAUGGAAGUGGAGAAACGAAGUUCAAAGGGAGGGUUUCUUCAGUUGUUUGACUGGAAUGUCAAAUCUCGGAAAAAGCUCUUCUCAAAUAAACCGGAUUUACCAGAAAGUUCAAAACAUGGAAAAGAAAAUUUAGACAAUUUGGCUAUAUCGAGACUUCAGCAGAUGGAAUUAGAUGAGGCUUUGCAUGGUCCAAGUCUGACAGGAAGUGAUUGGGCUUCAUCCAUGAGUAAUGAUGAAGGAUGUGGAACCAAAGCCCCUGGGGUGGUGGCUAGACUUAUGGGAUUAGAUUCUUUGCCAACUUUAGAUGCUUCUGAUCCUGGUUUUACCCCAUUUGUUGACUCUCACUCUUUUAGACGUUCUCUUCACCCGAGGACCACCACUGAAUUUGAAAGUGAAAAUCAUUUUGCGGGUAUGCGAAAUAAGCUGGAUGGUUUUUCAAGGAACCCAGUAGAAGAUAGGUUACAGAAGUUGCAGAACCGACCGAUUGAGAGAUUUCAAACCGAGGUAUUACCUCCAAGAUCAGCUAAAUCUGUACCUAUUACUCACCACAGAAUGUUAUCUCCUAUCAAGAGUCCAGGGUUCAUCCUUUCAAGAAAUGCGGCUUAUAUUAUGGAGGCAGCUUCCAAGAUGAUUGAACAGAGUCCCCACUCUACUCUCAGUGGAAGAUUGCCAUCCUUUGGGACUUCUUCAGUUCCCCUCAAAAUCCGGGAUCUAAAAGAGAAAAUGGAAGCCGCACACAGAACAUCAAGAAUUCCUGAAGCAUCACAAAGACCCAAAGUGCAUAGCCCUGCCAGUUCCUCCAAAUUACAGCCUCCUGACAAGCAUCAAUGUCGGUCAGAAGUUGUGAUUUUAAAGCAAGGUGUUGCAGAAAGUUUGAAGCAAAAGAAUAAAUCUGUUUCACUUACUACUCCAGCGAAACCAACCAUUCAGAAAGGAGAGGGAACCACUUCAAGAAAUACUAGGAGUAACAUGAAGCAGAAAGAAGAUGAUGUUAAGUCUGUCGCUGUCCAAUUGGAUAAAAAAGAAAGAAAUACACCAAAAAGGGUGCAGAAUAGAUCAAAAACUGGCAAGACUCCGGAGGUGCUCACACAGAAUAAUCAAAAGCAGAACCGUGCAUCUCAGAAAGACCGCUUGAGUUUGAAACCUCGAGUUCCCUGUCAACAUGACAGAAAAGCAACUUCUACAAAUGGUUUCUGUAGGGAAGUUAAGACUUCAAAGAAGGCCACUGAAAACUCAGCAGUUGGGGCUAGAAAAGUUCAGUUAGCGACAUAUGAAACUGGAAAGGAAUUCUCGUUGACUAAAACGAAGAAUUUUUCCGGGAAGAAAAGGCCAACUGAUAGGGAUAUUGUUCUUGAUGGAACUACUGCUAAUAAUGUACAGAUGAAGGAAAAAGAAAGGUCUGUAAAAUGUAAUAUAACUAUAGAUGGGUCUUCAAAUUGGGAGUCUGUUGACAGGAAAAAUGGCAUGGAUGUUGUGUCCUUUACGUUCACGUCACCUAUUAAAAAAUCAGUGCCUGAAUCUGAGCCUUCUGGUCAAUCAGCAGUGAAGAGUCGAGGCCUGUGUCUUAAUUUUGAGGAUGAUCACCCUGACACGGGGACUGCAGAGUUUCCUUCUUUUAGGGCACCUAUGAUUGAUAGUGAUGCUUUGAGUGCUCUACUGGAACAGAAACUGAAGGAACUAUCAUCUAUUGUUGAGACGUCCCAGUGUGACACUGUCAGAGGAGGCCCUACUCCAAAUUCUUCUUCUGCAAUACCGGGUUUCUUACCUUGCUUUGAUGUGGUAACCAGUGCAUCUGCUAAACAUGACAAGAUGUUUCAUCUCAAUAUGCAGAAGGACAAAAGUGUGAUCGAACAUGUUUCUGAUGUUUCUUCAGUUGAUCAGAUGCCGGUAGAAGCUAAACUGGAGUGGCAGGGAGUUGAAGUGAAAGAAUGCAACAGCAACAGUGAAACUGAAGAAAGCGGGAUGUCACAUCAGUAUCAGCAUCCUUGCACACUUUCUAGUCUGGAACCCUCUUUAUCAGAUGAUAGUUGCAUCACAUCGAACAGCACAACCACCUUAACCAGCAACGGAAACAAGCAGUGCACAUCAACAAGAAGCAUGGAACUUUUGGCAGAGGAGAUAGAAUUGCAAGAUUCUGCCACAUCUCUACCUAGCACCAUAUUUGAAUUCACAUCCACGGAAAGAUGGUCGUCACAAUGGGAGUUUGACUAUAUCAAAGAACUGCUUAUCCAUGCAGAGUUAGUGUUCGAGGACUUCUCUUUCGGCCAUACCCAAAAGGUCAUAAAUGCCCAUCUAUUUGACCAGCUCGAGAACCAGAACAAAAACAUGGACCCAUUCUUGAAGGUACAAAGGAAGGCUUUGUUUGACUGUGUGAGUGCAUGCCUAGAAUCUAGGCGUGACCGUGCCUUGAGUGGUAGCUAUGAAGAAUGGGCAAAAUGGUCAACGAUGUUCCAAAGGAAAGAUCUGUUGGCUGAUGAAAUACAGAAAGAGAUAUACAGUUGCACGAGCAUGGAAGAUUUGAUGGUGGAUGAAGUUGUGGAUAAAGAUAUGAGUAGUCGGGAUGGGAAAUGGUUGGAUUUCAAGGCCGAAGCCUUGGAAGAAGGCGUGGUGAUCCAGAACGCCAUCCUUACCACAUUGAUGGAUGAAAUGUUAACUGAUUUUUUGUGUUUCUAAAAGUGUUGUUAAUCUCUCUUAUUUAGCUUAAAAGAUGAAACAAGGGUUUCUCUGAGACUGUGUUCAGUAUCUCCAGAACAUUAUAUUACAUCUUCUUCACUCUCACUUGCUGCAUCACAUUUGACAUUUUUAGAAGUUGAUUGUCAUAAUGACUUGUAAUUGCUAUAUCAAAAGUUGUUCAAUCCC